AUGGUCAAGUUUCGAGGCAUUGAAGUCUCCCUCAUAUCUCAAGUCGACAUCUGCAGACUUCCAGAAUAUCUCUGCCCACCCGAUGUGUCCUCGCAGUCACCCAACGAGGACAACCCUCUCCCACCCAACUCUCCCCAAUAUCCAGUGGCAUCAUGUCAUGUCCCCAUAUACCCUGGCAGUCAGAUCUGGCUAGAAUACUCCAUCGAAGGCCCACAUCCACCCGGGGCAGCCUACUUCUUCAAACUCUUCGUGAAUGGAAAGGAAGUCACCUCAUGGGACUGCACGGCCAAGCAUGGAUUCCAUGGUAAGAUGAUGCACACUUUGGUCAAUGAAGGCUUGGAUGCCAUGAGUGGACAUGCAGCGGUCAGAAGACAGGCCUUGAAGUUUGGUGAUGAUUUACCGCGUUCCGAGUUGGGUCAGACGGUCAUGUUGGAUGAUUGUCUGCAGGUCAAUGUUCAUCGUAUUGAGCAUCGGCAGCGGAUCAGAGACUUGGAAGAGGCGAUUGGGAGUGUCACCGUUGAGAGCGUUCGUCCUGAUGGGAUUCGGCUCAGUAAUGGUGGGAUUCUCAAUGGAUCACCUCGUCCUCGGAGGUACAAGUAUCAACUCCUCGAUCCCAAAGAUGCCCCAUAUGCUGCUUUUCGCUUCUUUUGUCGUUCUGUUGAAGACCUAGACGACCGCAAUGUGGUACCUUUGCAACCAUGUCUUUCCUCCUCAGUCCGCGAAAGUUCAGUGUCCUCCUUGGACAUCGAAUCGCCCGGCCGACCGACCAUCACCCUGGUAGACCAUAUUGAUGGGACAACCUCAUCAGUUUCCGAUGCACAAGAUUCACUCGUUCUAUCAUCACCUCCUGGGAUGAACAAGAUCAUCAGUCAAAGUCCCCUCAAACUAUCACUUGUCUCUGAAAGAGCUGCCAUGAGUGAUUCAGACGAUUCCUUAAGUGUGAAGACAAAAGACAGUAUUGAAGAACUGGCGUCCAACGUCUCACGAUCUCCAAGAUCUCCAAAGAAGUCUCCUAGGAGAGUGAAUCUGCAGACAAAUGAAAUACCCCCAUCACCUACAAAAUCACCACUUGCAAGAAAAGGAUUGAGAAGGAAAUUGACUCUCACCAUUGAUGGAGCAGACUUUGAUCUGGACAGAAAGAAGAGACCACUCAGUCCUUUUACCGGUGGUGGCUUGCUUAGAAAGGUUAGCUUCCCCCAGACUGCGCCAGCUACUGUGACCGAGUUCGGUCCUUCGGUUGAGGAAGAAGUCAAGGCAGGACUCAAGACAAGAGAUGUAGAGGAAGGACGAUCGAAUAGGGCUAAAUGCUGGAGUACAACUAGUGAACGUGGUGGAAAGUCUUUGAUGAGCUUCUUGGGCAGACGAAUGGCUAGUGGAAAGGGUGUAUGA